AUGGCGACACCAGAGCCAGCUUGGAGCACGCCUUUCAGCAGCGCUCAUACUUGGCUCCAAAAGGUCCCCCAGCUCCCCCGUGUGUUCAUGUCACAGUCUGCCAUGGAGAAGUUGACUGGCCAUUGGGUUCAUCCCAAGGCCCCCUCCGUGGUUCACGUGAUCCAGAACGGCACCUUGUUCUGGGCUGAUGACGAGAAUCCAGGCACCACCUGGAAGCUGAGAGCUGAUCCGGUGCAGAAGUAUGGCAAGGAUCACUUCUCCGUCGGCGAGCGGAAACGCAAAGGUUCCAGGGCCAGUACUUUGAGGAAAUGCAUCCUCAGAUCCAGCAUGGACUUAGAGUGGAUGAGCCCUUCAGUAGCUCAGCGCUGGAGGCGCUUCGCUCCAAAGUUGGUCAGCUUCCAAGAAGUGAAGCUGGUAGAUGCGAAUGGCUCCGAUUUGGCCUUGCUGGAUCUGAACUUGGAAAAGAUCGUGAAUGUCGCAGACCUGCGCAAUGUGAUCAAGCGCAAGUAUUUUGCCACGAAGCCUCUCUCUUCUGAUGACAUUUCUUUGACUGAAGUAGCUACUGGCAAGCUUUUGAGCAACGAAUCAGAUGUCUCGUCUGGCGACAUCCUACCGCCAGUGGUGAGAGUUUCCACCUACAUCUCAGAUAUGAUCUCCCGAAAUUCCUUGCACCUCAUCUUUUCUGACGGCAAGCAACGGGACGUCAGCUCGGCCGAACGGUCCCGCGGGGCCCCGGUGCAGUCCAUCCGGGACCUGAUGGCAUGGCUAGCGACAGAAACAAAGCGAUCUGAACAUUUCAUCACGAUCUACCAUGGAGAUGCGAAUUCGGCAUUAGGCACGUGGCACAGCUUACAGUUGGAAAGUGCAACUCUUCGAGUGCAGUUGAUGGAAACCUUCGGUGAGUGGUGGGUCCGCAAGAAGUUGAGCGUGCUAAACUCUGAUGGAACACCCUGUACCUCCGACCUUGCAGGGGCUGCUGGUUUCAUGGAGGCACGGCAGAUAAUCGCCAAGGACACCCUUCGGCCCACCAGAUUCGUGCGGCUUCUGCUGGGAGAUGAGAGGAAGGAGAUGAUCAACUGGGAUCAGAAGCUCAUGGCAGAACAUGAGCAUCUCACCUUGGUGGUAGAGAUGGCUCCCUGCAUCCAGGAACUCUUGCACAGGGGCGUGCAGGUGAAAUACAUGAGUGGAGAAGUCGUGGACCUUUCAGCCUUUGAGGGCCAAAAUGGGAUCCGCGCCCCUUGCCAGUAUGAAUAUCAGAUCUCACAACUCCGACCUGGCCAGUCGGUUUGGAUCUCUUGCGGGGCAGGCUACAAGGAGAUUGCAGCACCAUGGGAAGGCCUCUUUGGCUUGGUCUCGAUCCAAGAUCUUCGUGAAGCCAUCGCAUCAAUCCUUCAGCUCCGCGCCACCCACGUGUCGCUGAUCACCGGUGGGAAGCGCCUCUGGGACUCGAAUCCCUUCGACCUCUGUGACUUGCAGGAGGAGACCAUUACGGUGUGUGUGCGCGACCCGCAGCUGUGUCAGCAGGACCAACAUGAGAUCCUCACCUUUUGCAACAACGGCUACAAUGACAAGGUGUGCAUCCACUGUGGCGGUGAGUCGUGGAUGGAAAAUCGGACCCGGGAGCCGAAGAGAUAG